AUGGGAACGUUAGGCAGAGCUUUCUACGCCGUCGGAUUCUGGAUCCGCGAGACCGGCCAAGCUAUCGAUCGUCUCGGCUCUCGUCUCCAAGGCAACUACUACUUCCAAGAACAACUUUCCAGGCAUCGACCUUUGAUGAAUGUGUUUGAUAAAGCUCCUCACGUUCAUAAAAAUGCUUUUAUUGCACCCAGUGCUUCCAUUACCGGUGAUGUUCAGAUUGGCCAAUCUUCCUCCAUUUGGUAUGGAUGUGUCCUCAGAGGUGAUGUUAACAGCAUUACUAUUGGAUCUUCAACUAAUAUACAAGACAAUUCUCUUGUUCAUGUUGCUAAGUCUAAUUUGAAUGGAAAGGUAUUACCUACAAUCAUUGGAGAUAAUGUCACUGUAGGUCACAGUGCUGUGUUACAUGGGUGCACUGUUGAGGAUGAGGCAUUCAUUGGCAUGGGUGCAACCUUGCUUGAUGGUGUGUAUGUUGAGAAACAUGCCAUGGUUGCUGCUGGAGCUCUUGUCAAGCAGCAUACUAGGAUUCCAUGUGGAGAGGUUUGGGGAGGUAAUCCAGCAAGGUUCUUGAGGAAGCUUAAAGAAGAUGAAAUGGCAUUCUUCUCACAAUCUGCCUUAAAUUAUUCCAGUUUGGCUCAGGCUCAUGCUGCUGAAAAUGCAAAACCACUGGACGCGACUGAAUUUGUGAAAGUUCUUGACAAGAAGGUUGCUCGUUCUGAAGAUGGUUCAGUACUCGACGCUGUUCAAGACACACCUCCAGAGAUUAACCUCCCAAAUAAUGUUGUGGUAGAUAAAGUUCCAAAGGCUUAA